AGUAGCAGGGCAGUGAUAUCUCCAAGUAUCUCUUAGAGUGAAGUUCCUAAGCCCAAGGACUCCACCAGCAACGAUGACAGCAGAUGAGUUGGUUUUCUUUGUGAAUGGCAAAAAGGUGGUGGAGAAAAAUGCAGAUCCAGAAACAACCCUUCUGGCCUACCUGAGAAGAAAGCUGGGGCUGAGCGGUACGAAGCUCGGCUGUGGAGAAGGUGGCUGUGGGGCGUGCACGGUGAUGGUAUCCAAGUAUGAUCGUCUCCAGAACAAGAUCAUUCACUUUCCUGUCAAUGCCUGCCUGGCCCCCAUCUGCUCCUUGCAUCACGUUGCUGUGACAACUGUGGAAGGUAUAGGAAACACCAAGACAAGACUACACCCAGUGCAGGAGAGAAUUGCCAGAAGCCACGGAUCCCAGUGUGGGUUCUGUACCCCAGGCAUUGUCAUGAGCAUGUACACACUGCUCCGGAAUCAGCCUGACCCUACCAUUGAGGAGAUUGAGAAUGCCUUCCAAGGAAAUCUUUGCCGCUGCACAGGCUACAGACCCAUCCUCCAGGGCUACCGGACCUUUGCCAGGGAUGGUGGAUGCUGUGGAGGAAAUGGAAACAACCCUAACUGCUGCAUGAACCAGAAGAAAGACCAAACGGUCACACUCUCACCGUCUUUAUUCAAACCAGAGGACUUCACACCCUUGGAUCCUACCCAGGAACCCAUCUUUCCCCCAGAGUUGCUGAGGCUGAAAGACACUCCUCAGAAGCAGCUGCGUUUUGAAGGGGAGCGUGUGACCUGGAUCCAGGCUUCAACCCUGAGAGAGCUACUGGACCUCAAAGCUCAGCACCCUGAUGCCAAGCUGGUGGUGGGAAACACAGAGAUCGGCAUUGAGAUGAAGUUUAAGAACAAGCUGUUUCCUCUGAUCAUCUGCCCAGCCUGGAUCCCUGAGUUGAAUUCAGUGGAGCAUGGACCUGAGGGAAUUUCCUUUGGAGCAGCUUGUCCACUGAGUUCUGUGGAAAAGGUCCUGGUGGAUGCAGUUGAUGAGCUUCCAGUUCAAAAAACAGAGGUAUUCCGAGGUGUCUUGGAGCAGCUGCGCUGGUUUGCUGGCAAGCAGGUCAAGUCCGUGGCGUCCAUCGGAGGAAACAUCAUCACUGCCAGCCCCAUCUCUGACCUCAACCCCGUGCUCAUGGCCAGUGGAGCCAAGCUGACCCUGGUGUCUAGAGGUACAAGGAGAACUGUUCGGACAGACCACAACUUCUUCCCGGACUACAGAAAAACUCUUCUCAGGCCAGAGGAGAUACUGUUGUCCAUUGAGAUCCCCUACAGCAGGGAGGGUGAGUUUUUCUCAGCCUUCAAGCAGGCCUCACGGAGAGAAGAUGACAUUGCCAAAGUAACUAGUGGCAUGCGAGUCCUAUUCAAGCCAGGGACCACCGAGGUACAGGAACUGUCCCUUUGCUAUGGAGGAAUGGCCGACAGAACCAUCUCAGCCCUCAAGACUGCUGCAAAGCAGUUGUCCAAGCUCUGGGACGAGAAGCUGCUUCAGAACGUGUGUGCCGGCCUGGCAGAGGAGCUGCUCCUGGCCCCUGACGCCCCGGGUGGCAUGGUGGAGUUCCGGCGCACUCUCACCCUCAGCUUCUUCUUCAAGUUCUACCUGACAGUGCUUCAGAAGCUGGGCAAAAGGAACCCUGUAGGUAUGUGUGGUGAACUGGAGCCCACCUUUGCCAGUGCCACUCUGCUCUUUCAGAAGGACCCUCCAGCCAACGUCCAGCUUUUCCAAGAGGUGCCCAAGGAUCAGUCUGAGGAGGACAUGGUGGGCCGGCCUCUGCCUCACCUGGCUGCUGAUAUGCAAGCCUCAGGGGAGGCUGUGUACUGUGAUGACAUCCCUCGCUUUGAGAAUGAACUGUCUCUUAGGCUGGUCACCAGCACCCGGGCCCACGCCAAGAUCACGUCCAUAGACACUUCCGAAGCUAAGAAGGUGCCAGGGUUUGUCUGCUUCCUCUCCUCAAAGGAUAUUCCUAAGAGUAAUGUAACUGGCAUCUGCAAUGACGAAACAGUCUUUGCAGAGGAUAAGGUCACUUGUGUUGGGCACAUCAUUGGUGCUGUGGUCGCUGAUACCCCAGAGCAUGCGCAGAGAGCAGCUCAAGGGGUGAAAAUCACCUAUGAAGACCUUCCAGCCAUUAUCACAAUUGAGGAUGCUAUAAAGAACAACUCCUUUUAUGGCUCUGAGAUAAAGAUUGAGAAAGGAGAUAUCAAGAAGGGCUUUUCUGAAGCUGACAAUGUUGUCUCAGGAAAAUUGCAUAUUGGUGGCCAGGAGCACUUUUACCUGGAGACUCACUGCACCAUUGCAAUCCCUAAAGGCGAGGCAGGAGAGAUGGAACUCUUUGUGAGUACACAGAACACCAUGAAAACCCAGAACUUUGUUGCAAAAAUGUUGGGUGUUCCAGAAAACCGGAUUGUAGUCCGAGUGAAGAGACUGGGAGGUGGCUUUGGAGGGAAGGAGACCCGGAGCACUGUGCUGUCCACGGCAGUGGCCUUGGCUGCAUACAAGACAGGCCGCCCUGUGCGCUGCAUGCUGGACCGCGAUGAAGACAUGCUGAUAACUGGUGGCAGACAUCCCUUCCUGGCUAAAUACAAGGUUGGCUUCAUGAAGACCGGGAAGAUUGUAGCUCUGGAGGUGGAUCACUUCAGCAAUUCUGGAAACACCCAGGAUCUCUCUCAGAGUAUAAUGGAACGAGCUCUAUUCCACAUGGACAACGCCUAUAAUAUCCCCAACAUACGGGGCACUGGGAGGCUGUGCAAGACCAAUCUGCCCUCCAACACUGCCUUCCGGGGCUUUGGGGGGCCCCAGGGGAUGCUGAUUGCUGAGCACUGGAUGAGCGAUGUUGCAGUGACCUGUGGGCUGCCUGCAGAGGAGGUACGGAGGAAAAACAUGUACAAAGAAGGGGACCUGACUCACUUCAACCAGAAGCUGGAAGGGUUCACUUUGCCCAGGUGCUGGGAUGAAUGCCUAGCAAACUCUCAGUAUCAUGCUCGGAAGAUCGAAGUUGAGAAGUUCAACAAGGAGAAUUGUUGGAAAAAGAGAGGACUGUGCAUAAUCCCAACCAAGUUUGGAAUAAGCUUCACUCUUUCUUUCCUGAAUCAGGGAGGAGCCUUGAUUCACGUGUACACUGACGGCUCAGUGCUACUGACCCAUGGGGGUACUGAAAUGGGUCAAGGCCUUCACACCAAGAUGGUCCAGGUGGCCAGCAAAACUCUGAAAAUCCCCACCUCCAUGAUUUAUAUCAGCGAGACAAGCACUAAUACUGUACCCAACACCUCUCCCACGGCUGCCUCUGUCAGUACUGACAUCAAUGGUCAGGCCGUUUACGAAGCUUGUCAGACCAUCCUGAAAAGGCUGGAACCCUUCAAGACAAAGAAGCCUAAAGGCACCUGGAAAGAGUGGGUUAACGAUGCCUACACAAAUGCAGUGAGCUUGUCUGCUACUGGGUUUUAUAAGACACCCAACCUUGGCUACGAUUUUAAGACAAACUCUGGGAAUGCCUUCCACUAUUUCACUUAUGGGGUAGCUUGCUCUGAAGUAGAAAUUGACUGCUUAACAGGGGAUCACAAGAAUCUCCGUACAGAUAUCGUCAUGGAUGUUGGCUCCAGUUUGAACCCUGCCAUUGAUAUUGGACAGGUAGAAGGGGCGUUUGUCCAGGGCCUUGGCCUCUUCACUAUGGAGGAGCUGCACUACUCUCCCGAGGGCAUUCUGCAUACCCGAGGCCCCAGUACCUACAAGAUCCCUGCAUUUGGCAGCAUCCCCACUGAGUUCAGGGUAUCCCUGCUCCGUGACUGCCCAAACAAGAAGGCCAUCUAUGCAUCCAAGGCUGUUGGGGAGCCGCCUCUCUUCCUAGCCGCUUCCAUCUUCUUUGCCAUCAAGGAUGCCAUCCGUGCAGCUCGAGCUCAGCAUGCAGCUUAUAAUGCAAAACAACUUUUCCAGCUAGACAGCCCUGCCACCCCAGAGAAGAUCCGCAACGCCUGUGUGGACCAGUUCACCACCCUGUGUGUCACCAGAACACCGGAGAACUGUAAACCCUGGUCUGUGAGGGUCUGAAGAGAAAGUCCCCAGAAGUGUUCUUAUGUCACAGUGGGGCUUCUAUGGAGCCGGAAGCACAUACUAC